AUGCAGUUCGCCCCCACUUUCUUGGCCCUGCAGGCCGUGGUGGCUACUGCCGUCUCGGCUGCACUGGUGCCUCGCCAGACGGCAUCCAACUCGUCGGCGCCCACCUCGAUCAGUCCCGACAACCCGUUCCCCACCAAUGUUGGCUAUGCUGGCACCGUCAAGACCGGCGCACCCCCCUUCCUGGCCGUGACCGACCGCAUCCAGGGUGAGCUCAAGGACAGCCCGAUCGAGACCCGCUGGAAGCCCAUCGAUGCUGGCGACAACGACAGCUACAACAUCUUCCAGCAUCUGGGCAACGAGUCGCCCUACUUUUCCUCGCCGCUCUUCGCCGACUUCCAGAAGGAGAACGCUGUGCUUCCAGACACGUGCACCGUGAAGCAGGUGCACAUCCUUCACCGCCACGGUGCGCGCUACCCGACCUCGUACGCCACCGAGGGAGCGCCGUACUUUGGCCAGGUCAUCGCCAACGUCUCCAAGCUCAACCACCCCGACUCCAACUUCUCGGCAUCGGGUCCGCUCUCCUUCCUCAACAACUGGACUUAUGAGCUCGGCGCGGAGCUGCUCAACCCUGUCGGUACGCAGCAGCUGUUUGAUUCGGGCGUCAAGCACUACUACCGCUAUGGCAAGCUCUACAACGCCACGGACGAGGAGCACAAGCCCGUCAUCCGCACCACGAGCCAGCAGCGCAUCCUCGACUCGGCACGCUACUGGACGCUGGGCUUCUUUGGCUGGGAUGCUCCCAACAAGAUCAACCUCGAGGUGAUCCUCGAGGGCGGAAGCGGUCUUGGACCUGCCGAUGCGUUCAACAACACGCUCGCCUCGUACGACACGUGCAACAACUCGGACACGAUCACCGUGGGCGACACGUACCUGCGACCGACGUGGGAUGCCAUCUACCUGCCCAACGCCACGCAGCGUCUGCAGCAGUACGUUUCGGGACUCGAGCUCAAGGACGAGAUGGUGUACGGCAUGCAGAGUCUGUGCGCCUACGAGACGGUUGCGCUCGGCUACUCGAACUUCUGCGGUCUCUUCACCAAGCAGGAGUGGGACGGCUUCGAGUACGACCUGGAUCUGCAGUUUAGCGGUGACUACGGCAUCAUGAGCCCGAACGGCAAGGCGCAGGGUAUCGGCUGGGUGAACGAGUUCCUCGACCGCCUCACCAACACCACCUUCAACGCAAGCACCAUUACCACCGAAAACAGCACGCUCGACUCCAACCCGACCUACUUCCCGCUCGACCAGAGCAUGUACGUCGACUUUUCGCACGACGACAUCAUCGUCUCGGUGCUCACCGCGCUCAACUACACGCAGGUGAUUGGCGACUUCCUCGACCCCACUUACGCCGAUCCCGAGCGCACGUUUGUGCUCAGCCACAUCACGCCCUUUGCCGCCCGGCUUGUGUUCGAGGUGGUGGAGUGCGGUGAUGACCAGCAGCAGUACGUGCGAACGCUGCUCAACGAGGCCGUCAUCCCAUACACCGAGGCGCAGGGCUGCCCGCAAGGCAAGGCGCUCUGCCCCAUGGCCGACUUUGUCAAGUUCCAGCAGACGCACGCCUACAAGGACGCCAACUUCAACAAGGCCUGCUUCGGCCAGAACGGCACCGACUUUGUCGUCACCGGCCCCGUGCGCAACGGCACUGUCUACUAG